AUUAUAUUCCCAGUUGGUGGGUGGUAUGAAUCUUUUUCGCUAACCACACUUUGAACUCUUUAGCAUGGCAUUUCGGCUGUCAAGCCUUCAGAAUAUGGCCAUCGUUUCGCAUCGUACAUGGUUAAGACCAUUGAGUAUAACGAAGAUAUAACCACGGCUGUGGAAGAAGAAACUGCUGAAACCAAGAAGAAUCAGUAGACCAGCCCAGCUCACUGCGAAAAUUUACCCCAGCCUGUUUUUUUAAUAUACUUUUUGCUUUUUGCCAUCAUGUCCUUUUCCCCAUUCCCUUCAUUUUAUUUUAUCUUCAAAACGUAUGUCCACAGUAGAAAUUGAUAUACCCUGGCCAAACUGUUAUGUACUUCACCUUCUCCUAUUAUUCCAUUUCAUAUAUAUCUAUAUAUUGUGUAUAACGGAAAGGAACGCUUCUGCGAUCCUACGGUAUUCAAUAAAAGAAAAUCACCUUGCAGCCGGAGCGCUACGGGAAUCCUGCAUGGCUUACCGUAUACUGGUCUUUCUCCGGUAAAACCAGCUCCCCGCAACACAUAUCUCACGCGGGAUGUGUUUAACGAUUUAACCUCAUUUACAG